UAAACUCAAACUAUAUUCAUAAAAUUGAAGUAACAACAACAGUAAACAUGAAUCGUGAAAAUCUGAAGGGAAUUAAUGUAAAUAAUAAUAUUAAUAAUAACGACGAAGAUGAGGAUGAUGUGGGUUUAAUCGGUGAUGAUCUAUUAUUUACUGGAGCGCCCAUAAAUGUAAGAGAAAGUAUGCUUUUAAUUUUGACACUUUUGAUCAAUCACAACGUCACUAUGACUUGUGUUGAAGAUAUCAUACGAGUAAUACAGUUACACUGUCCAAGAGAAGACUUAGUAAAAAACAGCUUGUAUAAAUUUAAAAAAUACUUUAGUUUGGAGCAAGAUAAUCAGGUGAUUGAUAACCAUUUUUAUUGUACGACAUGUGAACGAGAGUUGGAAUCAAUAGAUGAUAAUUGUCCAUCGUGUGAAAAUACUAAAAAUUCCUAUUUCAUUACAUCACCUAUUUUAAAACUAUUAAAAGAGAUGUUUAACCGAGAAACAUUUUUUGCAUUAUUACAACAUCGUUUUCAAAGAAUAGUAAACAAUAACGUAAUAGCGGACAUUUACGACGGGUCUAUUUAUAAAUAUUGGUUUAACAAUGGAUUUUUGCAAGACCCAAAUAAUAUUUCUUUCAGUUGGUACACUGACGGUGUUCCUCAUGACACCUUUUUUUUAACAAUUAAUGAGUUACCAUUUUUUGUCAGAAAAUUAAGAGAAAAUACUCUACUACUGGGAUUAUGGUUUGGCAAGUCAAAACCGAAUCCAAAUCUUUUCAUGAGUAUUUUAAUUUCGGGAACAGCUGAUACUCCAGCAAAAUCCGAUUUCCUGAACUUCAAAAAAUUCAACGGCGCAUUUGGAUGUAUGACAUGUUGUACAGAAAGAGAGAAUGUUGAAACAGAACAUGGAUCAACUCAUGUCUACCCAUACGAAGAACAAGUGGUCAUGAGAACAUCAGCCAACUGUAUCAAAUGGUCUCAAACGGCAACGGAAGAGAAUCCACUUUUUGGAGUUAAGGGCCCCACUGCUCUUGCCAACUACAUGCCGGAUUUCAUCGGGGGAUUAGCUAUCGACAGGAUGCAUUGCGUAGAUGGCGGUGUAAUUAAAAAAAUAUUAACUCUUCUAUUCGAUUAUAAGUAUCGCGAUGAAGGUUUUUCACUCUACCACAUGAUUGAAACGGUUGACGCACGUUUAUUAGCAAUUAAACCACCAAGAUUAAUUCAUUGGAUGUCUCGCUCUAUUUCUGAAAUGAUUCAUUGGAAAGCAUCAGAAUUAAGGGUAUGGGCAUUCUAUUAUUCACUUCCUGUGUUGAACGGAAUUUUAAGACCAGAUUUAUUCGAAAAUUACCAACUUUUAAUUACUGCGUGUGCGAUUCUUACCAAAUUAAUUGAACAAAUUGAACAAAAUUCUUACAGCGUGGGAACAUAUGUAUACUUAGAUGAAAUACCACCUAACUUAGUAGAAAUGCUGAACAAUACAAACGUAGAGAAUAUUACAAAAAUAUUAAAAUAUUUUAAGAUUUUGCGGAACAAGAAAUUGUAUGUUUCAAAUUUGUAUCCGAAAGAGUUACAAACACGAUCAGAUGGAAUAAAAUAUUCGAUCAAUAACAGAUCAUACUUGGGAUUGAUUGAACGACAAAUAUGUGGAUGUCCCGGAGCACACUUUGCAGUUACGCAACAAGUUAUCACAGAAGAAUUAUUUACAGUAAGUAGUGACAAUUUUACUUUCAACACCCUUGAAUAUCUACAUAAAUAUUUUGCUGGAGGAAGAUAUUUGUUAGUUCCCAUUGUGAAUAUUGAUACUGUGUGUAUAAUUAUGAAUGUUGAAGAAGAAAUGUAUUUAGGUUUACCUCUCAACAGCCACGAGUUGGAA